AUGGCUUUCCAGAAGCGUGCAAGGAUGUUCGAAUCACUGCUGCUGAUGGUAUUGGGGAUUAUUCUCCUCGGGAAUGUGGAAGCUUGGAAAAUUACAAAAAGAGGAACAAAUUCCCAGAAGGGUAUCAAUUGUCCCUCAGUAGAAAGCAACAGUGUGAAGGUUGACAUCCGCAUUGUUAACCAACAACAAGGGAUCAACCAACAACAGGGCAUCCACUUUGCACAUACCUUCCAGAACCGCUCCCUCUCUCCUUGGGAUUACAACAUCACCAAAGACCCUGACAGAUUCCCUUCAGAGAUUGCAGAGGCCAGGUGCCGGUACUCGGGAUGCAUCAAUGCUGAAGGGCAAGAAGAGAAUGGGAAAAAUUCGGUGCCCAUCAAGCAGGAGAUCUUGGUUCUCCGGAGGGAGCCAGGGCAGAACUGCUCCCAUUCCUUCCGACUAGAGAAGAUCCUGGUGACUGUGGGUUGCACUUGUGUUACCCCCAUCACCCGUUCUGUUGCUUGA